AGCGCCUGCCCGGCCGGAGCGCCCCACGGGCGACACAGGGCGAGAUGCUGGGGCUCUCGCUGCUGCUGGGCUUCAGCGCCGCUCUGCUGGCGUACUACUGGGCGCGCGUCCCCAAGCGCCCUCUGCUGGUGGCUUGUCAUCCAUUCCACGCCUUCCUGGAGAAGUAUUGCCCCAUUGUGAGCGAAACGUUCUACCCCACCCCCUGGUGCUUUGAAGGCCGGCUCCAGACCAUCAUCCGUGUAUUCGUCAAGUCCUGUCCGCGUGUCUCCUACCACUGUGAGGUACUGCGGACCACUGAUGGAGGACAGCUGUUGCUGGAUUGGGCCAGUGAUGAAGAAGGCAGGAGCGGUGCCCAUGCCGACCCAGAGAGUUGUCCCAUUGUCCUGUUCCUGCCAGGCCUGACGGGCAACAGCCAGGAUACCUACAUCCUGCACAUGGUGCGCAGCAUCCAGCAGCAGGGCUACAGGGCUGUUGUGUUCAAUAACCGAGGGUGCAAAGGAGAGGAACUGUUGAAUUACCGGGCUUUCUGUGCGGACAACACUGAAGACCUGGAGCUGGUGGUGAGCCACAUCAAGAGCCGGUUCCCCUGUGCACCACUGAUGGCUGUUGGCGUGUCUCUGGGCGGGAUCCUGGUGCUCAACUACCUGGGGCAGAAGGGCCCGCAGGCAGGGCUGGUGGCCGCCAUGACGUGCUCCGCCAGCUGGGACUCCAUUGAGACCACCCGCUCCCUCGAGAGACCCCUCAACCUGGUACUCUUCAACCAGCGCCUCACCGCCAACCUGUGCAAGCUUGUCAAACGGCACAGGAAGGUCAUUGCGGAGAGACUGGACGUGGAUCACGUGCUGAAGGCUCGCAGCAUCCGGGAGUUUGAUGAGCGCUACACCGCGGUGGCCUUCGGCUACAAGUCAUGCGAGGAGUAUUACCGUGCGUGCAGCCCCUGCCGGAAGGUGGGCCGCAUCCGCGUGCCCGUGCUGUGCCUCAACGCCUCCGACGACCCCUUCUCCCCUUCACACACGCUGCCCGUGGAGGAGGCACGGCGCGUGCCCACCCUGGCCCUGCUGGUGACAACGCGGGGCGGCCACAUCGGCUUCCUGGAGGGGCUCCUGCCGCGCCACGCCAGCUACAUGGACCGCCUCUGCGCCCAGUUCGUGGGCGCUGUCUUCGAGCACCAGGCCGACCUGGCAGACGCCAUGCGAGCCGAAGGGGACUGGCGGCCCGAGGAGGCAGAAGCACUGGAGACCCGGCCAGGAGGCCCCUGAGUGGAGGUGGUGGCGGUCUCUUCUCUCCAUCUCCGCCCAGGCCCUGUGAGGCCGGAGCAGGCCUACCCUUGCGGAGACCGGCGGGGGCCGAAGAGACCUCCACGAACGCGCCCAGGCAGAGGGCUCAGCCGAGCGCAAGCGACCGGGCUACGGCGAGGAGCCCAAUGCAGGACCUUCUCCCCCAUCUCUUGGCCUGCGGCUCUUCUGUCCUGUGUCCGACUCGCUUGCGCCACAGAGGGAGGCCUCCUCCUCCCCCUCUGGCCCGCUUUUAGGCAGUGGGGAC